AUGCAUCUCUUGGGUCUGGUGCUCUUCGGAGCAUCAUUGGUCCCCAGCGCCUACGCCAUUGGCCCUGACUGUGUGAAUGGUCCCUUGAAAUCCAACGCUAUCUGCGAUGUGACUGCUUCACCUGCGAAGCGGGCUGCAGCCCUGGUUGCAGCCAUGCAGACACAAGAGAAGCUUGACAACCUCGUAAGCAAGUCUAAAGGAGUUGCGCGACUUGGGCUCCCGGCUUACAACUGGUGGGGUGAAGCACUACACGGUGUGGCAGGGGCACCGGGAAUCAACUUCACUGGACCUUACCGCACUGCAACGUCUUUCCCAAUGCCUCUCCUCAUGUCAGCAGCGUUCGAUGACGAUUUGAUCCAUCAGAUCGCCAUCGUCAUCGGAAACGAGGCUCGAGCAUUUGGUAAUGGCGGCAUCGCCCCUGUGGACUUCUGGACUCCAGACAUCAACCCAUUCCGGGAUCCUCGCUGGGGUCGUGGUUCAGAGACGCCAGGAGAAGACAUCCUGCGAAUCAAAGGCUACACAAAGAGUCUGCUCUCUGGACUUGAAGGUGAUAAGGCGCAAAGGAAGAUCAUCGCCACGUGCAAACAUUACGUGGGCUACGACAUGGAGGACUGGAACGGCACUGAUCGCCACAGUUUCGAUGCCAAGAUUACUACACAAGAUCUUGCGGAGUACUUCAUGCCUCCUUUCCAACAGUGCGCACGAGACUCGAAAGUUGGCUCGUUCAUGUGCAGCUACAACGCGGUCAACGGUGUCCCCACAUGUGCCGAUACCUACGUUCUCGAAGACAUCCUGCGCAAGCAUUGGAACUGGACGGACAGCAACAACUACAUUACCAGUGACUGUGAGGCGGUGAAAGAUAUCUCCCUGAGGCACAAAUACGUAGCGACACUCCAAGAAGCUACGGCGAUUGCUUUCAACAACGGCAUGGAUCUCAGCUGCGAAUACAGUGGAUCGUCGGAUAUUCCUGGUGCUUUUAGUCAAGGCCUGCUGAACGUUUCAGUCAUUGACAGGGCUCUCACAAGACAGUACGAGGGACUGGUUCACGCCGGUUACUUUGACGGGGCUGCGGCAACAUAUGCUAACCUGGGCGUCCAGGAUAUCAACACACCAGAGGCUCAGAAACUUGUGUUGCAAGUCGCUGCCGAGGGACUUACGUUGCUUAAAAACGACGACACGCUUCCGUUAUCUCUUAAGAGUGGAUCGAAGGUAGCGAUGGUCGGCUUCUGGGCGAAUGACAGCUCUAAGCUUUCCGGUAUCUACAGCGGUCCAGCACCUUAUUUGCACAAUCCGGUGUAUGCUGGUAACAAGCUUGGUCUGGACAUGGCCGUGGCUACGGGACCAAUCCUCCAGAAAUCCGGAGCUGCAGACAACUGGACCACUAAGGCGCUCGAUGCGGCAAAGAAAUCAGACACCAUUCUCUACUUUGGUGGCUUGGAUCCCUCAGCUGCUGCAGAAGGUUCCGAUCGUACAGACAUCAGCUGGCCAAGCGCUCAAAUCGACCUCAUCACCAAGCUGGCUGCUCUUGGCAAACCGCUAGUUGUCAUCGCACUGGGUGACAUGGUCGACCACAUGCCAAUACUCAACAUGAAAGGAGUCAACUCGUUGAUCUGGGCGAACUGGCCCGGUCAGGACGGCGGAACAGCUGUCAUGCAGGUCAUCACCGGUGAACACGCGAUUGCUGGACGUCUACCAAUUACCCAGUACCCCGCCAAGUACACCCAAUUGUCCAUGUUGGACAUGAAUCUGCGCCCUGGUGGUAACAACCCCGGCCGAACCUACCGUUGGUACAACGAAUCCGUUCAGCCAUUUGGUUUUGGUCUGCACUACACCAAGUUUGCGGCCAAAUUCGGCAGUAAUUCAAGUCUCACCGUGAACAUUCAGGAUAUCAUGAAGUCCUGCACCAAAGAUCACCCAGACCUGUGCGAUGUGCCUCCGAUUGAGGUCGCGGUGACGAACAAGGGUAAUAGGACCUCUGACUUUAUCGCAUUGGCGUUCAUCAAGGGCGAGGUUGGGCCUAAGCCUUACCCUCUGAAGACAUUGGUAUCAUAUGCCAGAUUGAGAGAUAUUUCGGGUAGCCAGACUAAAACGGCAUCACUCGCGCUCACGCUUGGUACUUUGUCAAGGGUUGAUCAGUCGGGUAAUUUGGUUGCUUACCCGGGAGAGUAUACGCUGCUUCUUGAUGAGCCCACUCAGGCAGAGUUGAAGCUUACGAUUACGGGUGAAGAGACAGUCCUGGAUCAUUGGCCUCAGCCGCCAGCUUCCAAGUGA